AUGUCUUCAACAGCACUCGCGCCGACUUCACAGAGCAUUUCGCAGACCGCAUCCGGGCAGAAGAGCUCAUCGCCGCUCACUAGCACAAUGUCGAGUCUACCAACAUUGAACCUGACGCCAAAGAAGGAGGAGCAUAAAUCAAAUCCAGAAACACCAAAGCAGCAGACGGGACAAUGGGUGCAUCCGCGCAUGGACGAAGUCAUUCGCAGGCGCAAUGCCACCAACUUCGACAGCAGUAACAUGCAGAGCAUUCUGGUCAGCUCUGCAUUCCUCGUCGUCUCCCUCUUCUUGCGCAGCGUACUUGGGUACACCUUCCCCCUUUCCUGGCUGAGAGCAGUGCAUCCAUACCCUCUCUACGCGAUCUGGCUGCUGCAGGCGGUCUUGGUGGCCAAUAUUGGAAUCGCUCUGCUGCCGUUAUUCCGAAAACCCGACGCAUGCGAAGAUGUUCCUCUCACGCCCCAGCAACGACAGCUUCUCGGUCUUCCACCCAUGUCUCGACCAGCGACGCCGCAAGAGAAGGAGCAAUACGUCACCCCGCCACGCUUUUCAAACUCGACACCUCGAAGCUCGCCUGCUAGCAGCCUACGCGCCGAAGCAUCGAGCUCUCCUCUAAGUGGUAGAAGCACGCCCCUCGACGGCUCCUUCAGAUCUGGAUCUGGUUCACCUUUCGCAAGUCAAACUCUACGGAGAGCAGAAAGCGGCAGUCCGCUGUCAGGUCCAGCUGCAGGCUUGAGAAGUGGUGCGGAAAGGAGGAGGUUAAGCUAUACCGGCAAUUCGGGAAGUCCGCUGGCCUUGGGCGCCUUCGAUUCGUCUUCUUUCGGCUCUACGCCGUCAAAAGAGAAGAGAGCGAGCGUCGGACUGAACAAUAAGUGGUUGUACGAAAAGGGAAGAGGAAGUCCUAGGGGCAGUCCGCGGUUGAGUGGGAGCUUUGGCGGAAGUGUUUUCUCAUGA